AUGGAUAACUUUGAUUUAGAGAUUAAAGCAGCAAUUGAUGAUAUUUCAUUUGGUGUUGAGAAUGUAACAAUAUUAAGAGAUCAUCAGAAAUCAGAUGUAGGAAGUGGUGUUGUUAUGUUGCAAGUGAUAUGCCAUGAACAAUUCAUAUUACUUAUUAGAAUGUCUAUGAUUGAUGGUUUUCAAGUAUUAGAAUAUAUAGAUAAUAAUAGUAACAAUAAUAGCAAUAGUAAAGAUAUAAAUCAAUCAUUUGAUUCACUAUCAAGUUUAUUAAUGAACUAUAGUGACAAAUAUCAAUUAGCAUUUCAACAACAGCUCUUUAAUAGAUUAUCAAAACUAAGUCAACAAAAUUGA